AUUCAAUUUUGAUAAGCUCGUCCCGCGAUGGAGUCCCGCUCUCCUGUUUAGUAUUUGCCAGCGUGGGCACGGCACGCGGCAGCUUGCCUCGCAUUGGUGUUCUGUGGCCUCUCCAGCGUGCGGUCGUGUGCGGUACCCGCUAACGCGCCUGGUGCUUCAACCAGGAUGGGUGACGAGAAGUGCGAUUUCAUUGUUGCAAGGAAAGGUCGGCGUUGCCGGUUGCGACCGUUGGCUGGAUCGCGCUACUGCGGUGAGCACGUGGUGCUGUCACCGGCGGAAAACGGCGAGCCGGGCCACGAUCGGAUCACAUGUCCCCUGGAUUCGACACACACCUGCUCAUCAGCCCUACUCGACAAGCACCUGAAGAAAUGCAAUGCCAUGAAGAAGGAAGCUCAAGAGUUUUUCAUCAGGAACAUCAACUCGGGAACUCUUCCCCUCUCUGGUGUCACGUCUUUACCUGUCAAGACAACACUGAAGCAUGUGACUGAUGAAAGACUGUGGGAAAUCAUUCACAAGGUGGAAGAAAUAUGCAAUGAUGAUGUGACCCUUCCGGAGGAGCACGUGGGCCUGCACUGGGCUUUUGAUGCAGAACUGGAGAAGCUGGCCGGCUGCGUUGUGGCUGAGAAACACCUGCGCCAAAAGGCAGCCCUGCUGAGCCUGGCUGAGAGGCAGGGUUUGCUCACCAGCGACUCAUGCUUUGUCGAGUUUGGUGCAGGACGAGGCCGCCUAUCCUACUGGCUUGCCAAGAUUCUGGCUAAGGACAACUGCCACUUCCUUCUGGUUGACAGGGCAGCCUCUCGCCACAAGUUCGAGAACAAGGCAAAGAGUGACCUGGGUGAUUUCCCAGAAAUCCAGCGGCUGCAGAUUGACAUCCGGCAUUUAUGCCUUGGAAAUGUCCACCUAGUGAAGGCCCAUCAGAAAAAGCUCAUAGGGCUCUGCAAACACCUGUGUGGGGAAGCUACAGAUUUAGCAUUGCGGUGCCUCAUGGAAACAACAAGGCAGCCUCCAGGUGCAGAGAGCAAAGCUUCACUUGGUGUCCAUGGCGUUCUCAUGGCAACGUGCUGCCACCAUCGUUGCCACUGGGACUCGUUUGUGGGGCGUCCUCUCCUGGAGGCAUGGGGCCUUGGGUGCCAGGACUUCGACCUUAUCUCCUCCAUGGCCGGAUGGGCCACCUGUGCUGCUAGGGCACCACAAGCAGGAGCCCACCAUUUCACUGAAGACGUGGCAGUUGUGAAUCGGUACUUAUGCAUGGGCCUUUCCGUGGAACGCCGCACCGAAGUGGGUCGUCGUUGCAAGCUCCUGCUUGACACAGCCAGGGCGAGGUACUUGUCGGCAAGACUGAACUCUCGCCUGGUUUACUUCAUUACGCCAGAUGUGACUCCUGAGAAUGUUGCAAUAUUAGCGACCAUCAAUGCUUUAUAGUGCUUUCUCCCCUUGGUCAGAUCAGGGUACAUGUUCUGUCAAGGCUGUCUGUAUAGCCUCAUAAUGGUGCAUCACCACAUCAAAACAAACUUCUAUGGCGUAUUAGGUCUUUAGCUAGUACAGUUGUAUAGCCUCCUGGCACUUCAGCACAUAUGGCCUUGCUUUGUGCAUGAUGUGUGCAUGUACAGGUUGUGGCCAAAUGAGAACAGUGUUAGAUUUCUUUCUUCGCUACUUCGUCACUGUAGAUUAAAUGUUGAGAAAGGGAACUCGUGAGUCACUAAGGUUCUUUCAUUUGGUGACUCUUUCGGGUGCAUGUUUAUGGCAUAAGUUCGGAAGCUGACAAGAAAAAUGACCCCGACAGCGAACUGUACUUCCUUGAGUCUCACGGGUGUCUCUGUAAACUAAAAAUAAAACAUGUUCAUUUGA